AAAUUCUCUUUCUCUAUAUUUGUCUUGUCACGAUCGAAGAGCAGAACAGUUAACAUCGAGGAGAGGUCGUGGAGGAUUUUUACCAUCUAGCCACCAUCGCCGUUCGCCAAUUACACCAUGGCUGAUACCGAAAAGGCGCCGCAGCCGCAGCCCCAACCACAACAGCAACAAGACCCAUCAACCCAGCCGCAACAAGCUAAAGCGGCCAAACAAAAGCAGGUCAUUGCUGAAAAAGUAUCCGGCACCGUCAAAUGGUUCAACGUCAAGAGUGGAUAUGGAUUUAUCAACAGGAAUGACACCAAGGAGGAUGUUUUUGUGCAUCAAACUGCAAUUGCCCGGAACAACCCACGCAAAGCUGUGCGCUCGGUCGGAGACGGCGAGGCAGUGGAGUUUGCCGUGGUCGCCGGGGAAAAAGGCUAUGAAGCAGCUGGAGUCACUGGUCCCGGCGGCGAGCCAGUAAAGGGCUCGCCCUACGCAGCUGACAAGCGCCGCGGUUUCCAUCGCCAGUAUUACCCCCGUCAAGGCGGCGGACGUGGCGGUGAAGGCGCUCCACGCAGAGGUGGCAUGGGACGCCGCGGACCCCCUCCCACCCAGGGGGGCGCCCAAGGGGAUGAGGGGCAGGAGGGAGGCAGUGCACCGCCUCAGCGUAGUUACUUCCGUCGUAACUUCCGCGGCGGACGUCGUGGAGGUGGGCCAGGACCGAUGAACCGCGGUGGAGGCGGCUUCCGUCGCAUGCGCCCGCGCAACAACUACCAAGGCCAGGGCCCGGCUGGCGGUCAGCCGCGACAGAACGGCCAGGAGGGAGAGGCCCCCGCCACUACGUCAUCCCCGCAGCCGCAGCCGACUCAACAGGCCAAGCCCAAGACCACCAAACCUGCGGGCACCACCAUCGAGACUACCACCAAUGAGAGCCAGGCCUAAACACCCGGCAUCUUAGUGUGGCACAACCCCUUGUAGUGCAUGUUAAUUCUAGCUGUGCCACACUCCAUCACAUUUACUGUCUGUUCAACCAGUGUUGUUUCAAUGUUGUAUCAGGCUCUUGAGAAAUGAGAUCUUCGUAAUUAUAACAACAUUUUAUCUUUCAUUCGUUAAUGGUGGGGAGGUACAAUAAAAAAGAACUGCAAGUAUCAUGGAUUUAAGAUGUGAUAUUUUAUUAGUAAAAAUUAAUUUAUUGUUUUAACUUUUUAAAUUUUGCAUUUUUUACUUGCAGUAUUUUUCUUUGUGUAUAUUAAUGUAUUUCUGAUUUUAAAUCAAAAAUCUAUGAAGAGGAAAAGUUUGUGCAAUUAACGUUUGAUAUAGUAAGGGAUAUGCAGGUCCAGUGCCCCAAUUAAAUUGAAAAAUGUGAGAAACUUUUGUUUCAAGUUUGAUUUUGUGCUGCAUGUUACGAAAUUAUUUUAAUUUUAAUUAGAAGUACUGUACCCACUUGGAAGAUUAAAAACUUCUUUAUACCUGUGUGAAA